ACCCCUUGAAACACUCAGCAUUUCUUUGGGGCCUCUCAAGGACCCUCCUGGUCCCAGGACACGCUGCUGCUGCCGACAUUGUUAGCCAGAAAGCACGCUUGUAUCAGCGGCGUGAGUCACGCGCUCCCCGCGUCUGCUCCUCAUCUUCAGCGGAGCAGAGAUGCUCGCGGGUAAAAAGGUGCUCGCUCAUCUGACGCGUGACGUCACCAAGUCUUUGACAGCACUUCCUGGAGCGGUGUUUGUUGUGGGAAAUAUCCACCGUGGUGCUGAGCUGGGGGGAUUCCGGCCAUAUUAAGCGGCAGGAGGACACUAAGAGCAGCCGAACUGUCCCAUUUCCAAGCAUGCAGUCGCGGCAGGUCUCCGCCGGUGUCAGAUAAUUGGGACGGAAGACAGUUGUUGAGCCUGAGGAAGGACGUGGAUAUUUACCGACAGCCCGCAGAGGGGACUCGACAGCACGAAGCUGUCGCGAUGUUGUAGCUAAAACCAUGGACAGCAGAAUAAAGGAGAACCCAGAAAGAACAUUUGAUCUGGUUGUACAACUGGAGUGUCCCACAUCUGAACAUGAGGAUCCAACCGUGCUGUGGAGCUUCCCCCAGGACCACACAGACCAGGAGGUCCUACAGACGAUACCAAAGUUCUGCUUUCCCUUUGACGUGGAAAGGGUUUAUGAGAGUCAGGUGGGGCAGAAUUUCACCUUUGUUCUGACAGAAUCCGACAGCAAACAGAGGUUUGGAUUUUGUCGACUCACUCAAGGCUGCCGGGUCUGCUUAUGUCUGCUCAGUUAUCUACCAUGGUUUGAAAUUUACUACAAGCUGCUAAAUACCUUGGCAGACUACCUGAAGAAACAACAGGAAAAUGACUUGAAUGACAUGCUGAAUUCUCUCUAUGAUCUGCCUGUGCCAAAGCCCUUCACGCCAGUCACGCUGAGUGUGAACGAGCAGUUGUAUAUUGCCACUGGGCAAGUACUGAGAGAUCGGCGAAGCACGGAGGAGCCGCACUCCUACUUCAUCGCCCCGGAUAUCAAUGGACUGCCAACCAUCCCUGAGAGUAGGAACCUGACAGAGUACUUUGUGGCCGUGGACGUCAACAACAUGCUCCAGCUCUACGCCAGCAUGCUGCACGAGCGGCGCAUCAUCAUUACCUCAAGCAAGCUUAGCACUUUAACUGCAUGCAUCCAUGGUGCGGCUGCUAUGCUCUUUCCCAUGUACUGGCAGCACAUCUUCAUCCCUGUCCUCCCCCCAGAUCUUCUGGACUGCUGCUGUGCCCCCAUGCCAUACUUUGUGGGUGUUCACCUUAGUCUGCUAGAGAGAGUGCAAAGUCAAUCACUGGAGGAUGUGGUCUUUCUGAAUGUGGACACAAAUACCCUGGAGAGUCCAUUUGAUGACCUGCAGAACCUGCCCAGUGACGUGGUGUCCGCUCUGAAGAGCAAGUUGAAGAAGCAGUCAACAGCAACAGGAUGUGGUGUGGCGAGAGCCUUCCUCAGAGCGCAGGCAGUUCUGUUUGGAUCCUACCGAGAUGCCCUCAGAUAUAAACCAGGGGAGCCAAUCACAUUCUGUGAGGACAGCUUUGUGAACCACCGCUCCAGCACCAUGAGGAACUUCCUGUCCAUGGCUGUCAAUCUGCAGCUCUUCAAACAGUUCAUCGACGGACGUCUGGCCAAAUUGAAUGCAGGCCGCGGCUUUACCGACGUGUUUGAAGAGGAGAUCACAGAGGGGGGCUUCUGUGGCAGUAAUUCCAGAUCCUACCAGCAAUGGAUGCACACUGUAAAGAGAGGAGGAGCGCUGAUCAACACCGCAGUGACAAAGGCCAAGAGUCACGCCAGGAGAGGCAUUCGGGACAUUAAGGGCAGACUUAAAGCAAAGGAAGAAGAAGAAGAGGGGAUGAUGGUCUGUGCCGGGUCUCCCACUAGCACCAAGAGCCUGUCUCCAAGGAGACUACAGAAGAUAAGACGGCAUAACUUUGGCAAGCCUCCCGUGAGCAUGGGCCCUCGAGACCUUGGCUGUGGGCUCGACGAGGACGACCUGGACAGUGCAAGCAAGGUGUCCUCGGAGGACAGCGGCGACGUGCCCUCCUACACCGAGGACAGCGACGACUCCUACUCUCUGGACCUCGACCUCGACUCGUGCAGCUCCGGCCACAUGAACCUGCUGGAGGAGAUCCUCGACUCUCUGAACACCACGUCAGUGGAGCACGGCAAGCUGAGCACGGCCAAGAGCCUGGACUUCUUCAGGUCCCUGGAUGAUCUGGACUACAAGGCUCCGACCAAGCCAGCGCCUUUCAUUGAUUCUAAACCCACAGAGGAGAUUUACUGCAGCGGAGGUGGGGAUCAUGGGGGCUGGAACAUGGGUCAGGACGACAGCGCGGUCUACGGGAAACACCUUCCACCAUCUCCGAGGAGACAACCCAACAAGAGCAGCCUGAAGGUGUCAAAGAACCCCACAGCAGCUGCUUCUGUGCCGGUCAUCACCACCACGCCCCCAGUCCAGGACUUGGACACCUGCAGGUCCUCGUCACGGCCUCGUCGAUCCAACUCGGACCAGGCCGCUCGCUCUCUGCCUUCAGCACGGCAGCCAGACUCUCGCUUGUCCUACUCACCGGUACCCGCCCCCCAACAACAAGCAAUGCCACCGUCGCCCAUUCUCUGUCACACCUACAGUUCUCCCGCACCCGUUUCUCAACUAGACUACUUCGAUGAACCGGCCGGCCGCUACCGGACCAUCUCAGACCCUCAGGCCAGCACCGAGCCUCCUCAGACCCAGAGCCAAACUGGCUCCAUCAGCGUUCUGAGGAGGAAGGUGCUCUCCAAGGAGACGGUGCGGUCCUACCAGGAGAAAGCCCUGCAGGCGCAUGCGAGCAGGGGCAAACACGAGAGCGACGGGAGCCCUCUGAGGAGCAAGAAGCCGGCCAUGCAGGUCCCAUGGGAGAAGGACGUGUCCGAGGACGGGCUCGGCUCGUGUCUGGGUCAGGGUAAUAGCUCAGGGACUGUGCUGCAGGAUCAAGGCCUCCUGGAGGAGAUUGAGUCCAUGUGUUUCCUGGGCUCAGUCGCCAACACCAGCCUGCAGCCGUCGCAGGUUCACUGCAACAACAGCCACCACCAGGUCCAGGGCAAAGCCACAGACGAGUCCUAGGGGACGAGGAGGACUCGCUGUCUGUAAAAGGCCAUGGAUCCACUGACAUCAGUCUUAGAGCCUCAGAGGAAACCACUGGGUCAAAGGUUUUUAAUCCACCUCCUCACAUGCUGACACCCCUGUUUCAUAGGAUAAAUCUGCCGUGGCAGCAUUACUGGCUCCACCUUUCAAUAGCACAGCUUGUAGGUUUUGAGUGCUGCUGUAUCAGGCUAAAAUAAUUUAACUCCUUCCAAGAAAAUACAAAUCUAUAAAAUCUGAAUCAGAAGGUUUCUACAGCGUAUUUCAGGAGUUUAGAAAUAAUUCAGUUUGUACUUGUAUAUUAAGAUAUACUACUUUUAUUCCUCCUUGGUACUAGAAUCAGUCCAGUCCAGUCUGGCCUUUGAAACUAAUGAAACACUGUGUAAUAUGACGUUUUUAUUACCAUGCCUUAAAUAGACAUGUGAUUUGUUUUUGAUACUCUGGUGUCUUAAGCUUUAGAUGCCAUGACAGGUACUUUGUAAUCCUCGUAGUGUCACAGUUAAUAGUAUUCUCACAGCACCUGUACUGUGUUUCUCUGGAUCGGUACAAUAGUUUAUGUACAGGACGUGCUUUAAGCUUCCGAUUUAAUUAGCUGCAUUCCAGAUAACGAGAGGUGCAUGUAGAAACUUUCUCAGGACAUUUCCUUCGCUCUGAAGAGAUGCAAAUCAUAGUCCAAACCUUGAAGGAACGAUUUGGAAAAGGCCAGUGUUCGUGUUCCAUCUAUUCCCACUCUCCUCCCCGUUCUGUCUCCUGGUUUUCUGCCUUUUAUGACUUUCACUCUCAACCUUAAAAACCCGCGGCCAGUUGCUGCAGAGCUUGUGAUGUUUGAAGUCAAUGUGAAAAACAAUCUCUUCAAACACGUUGGACCGUGAGGCUGGAAAUGCUUCGUGAAAACACCAAAACCUUCCUGCUUUCGCACGUAACCCAACCUGGCUGUGCCUCUCCAGCCCUUUGUUCCUGCACAUCAUGUAAAGUCCUCUUUUACUCCUGAAUACUCAGCUCUAAAUUGCACUUCCAGGGAUUUUUCGACCCGGGCUUCACUUAUUCCUUACUGUGGGUUUUGGUGUUUUCAUGGGAUUUUUCUUCAUAUGUGUCAGUCUUUAUAUAGUUUGGUGUUUCUCUCACUUGAGUAAAUGCGAUCACUGUCCUUCCAGGUUUGAGUCACACACUGUAACACAAGGCAGUGGUUGUUGAUUGUACUGUAAUGAAGCAAUAUGGUUCUCCUCAGAGAAUGGCUGUAAUGUGCACAGAGCCUGAAGUAUCUCCAUAGCAGACUCUCCUGUGAAGAGAGUGGCCGCGUCCAGCGUUUGUGGCUUCCCAUCAUUCUCUGCGUGGCCACAAACCCAGAGAGGAGAAGAAAGCUUUUUUUAUUUUCAUGCGCUUAUGUUGGGAUCAUUACAUUUAUGGUUCGUUGUUCUAGUGAUUUAUGCCAGACGCCAGUCGGUGUGGCACUUUAAUAGCAGCUAUUUCUCCACUUUUUGAGUGCUGCUCUGCGUUAACAGUUUGCUCAUAAAGUCUUUGGCUUGCUUCUAAAAGCCCAGGAAUCAGGCCUAGGGAAAAAAACUGACUCCAAAACAAUCUCUCCAUUGGCCUUAUCCACUGCAAAUAUGCUAAAACGUUACUAUGCAAGUAUUGAAUAAAAUGAAAAAGGUCAGUUUUUCUAACUUCAGUGCAAAAUUCGACUUGACAAAUAGUCAUUUCCAGAGGGAGGAAACCUCGUGGCCCUGAGUAAAUAAAUAUGAGCCUGUCCAGGUUUCUGAGCUGUGCUGUGUCUGUGGGUGUUAAUGAUGGAGGGGGCGCGUGCCUUAUGUAGUCGAGUGACAGCCAGUAUAGCAAGGUACAGUAUUAUGAGGUGGACUAUGCAAUGUUUAAAGUGACAUAUUUAGAUACUUGUUUGACACGGAACCCACCUGGACCCGAGGGUCAGACCUCCGUUCACCAAUGUUUCUGUAGCUGCUUUAUUUUUUAAAGCGAGAGUCUUCAAGUUCUCUGGGUUCUCACUUACUGUAGGUACUGUUUGGUGACUAGAUCUGUAGCGUGUGCUCCUUUUGUUCAGCUUUUUGCUCAUGGAGUUGUUUUUCUGGUUGAUUUCAUAAUGAUGAUAAUUAUUUUCAACUGAAAAGAUGUAUUUUUGCUGGCUUGAGUAUAUUUUACAUGGAUAAUAUAUAAUUGAUGUUUUUGAAGAAGACACCUAAUAUUUGAAUGUUUUAGAUUUUAUUUUUGGAGGAAAAAAAUGUGGAGGCAAUAUUAACUUAAAAUUAAAUGUUGAUCGUAGUCGUCGAUGACGCCUUCUAGAUGCCACGAGCGACUCACGCUUGGUUCUGUUCUACGUGAUGCUCACUGUAUCUGCAUGCCCGUACCAGUAUGUGUUGUACGAUAUGGCUUCAUUCCGAUUUUCAGAUCGGAUCCAGUCUCUUGAUAUUUAAUUAUUUUAAUAUUUUGCAUUUACAUGGAAUGGAAAACGACUCAUGGCCUUGCAUUGGGUGUUGUGGAGUUGAAUGUCAUCAGCCACUGUUUGGUUUGUGAGUCCUGAAACUGACUGAGCAGAGGACACUUGAACACUUGAUGGAAGACGCUGUACGACGUUGAAUUUCAGGGAAUUGUGUUUCAUUGCAGGCCUGUGAUACUCAGUAUUCUGCUACAGUCAAAGUGUUGUUAGUCGAAAUGAAAAUGCAGGUUUUGAGAUGGACCAUAGUAGUCGCCGCCUUCACCAAACCACCCAGUAUCGCAGACGUUUUCACUGUGGUGACGAAUGCGUCGAACAUCACAGCGAACGUGUCCGUCACUCUCUCGUUUGGAUGUCGUGAUGAUGAUUCUGUGCAAACUUGCAUGUUCCUGAAAACAACUGUCAAACAGCUGAGGUCAAUCUAAUGCUAUUGAUGAGAAUGGUACAGCUGCACAUAAUGUAUGCACUGUGAGCUAAAAAUAAAUUAUAUUGUUUCAUGCUGA